CAAAGGCAGCUCAUUUUCUCACAUGCGGCUCUCAAACUUUGGAUUUUUUUCUCUCUUCUAAAAAUAGCUAAAUAUAAGAGUCCCUUUCGUUUGAUAGAUUUCAUUUCCCCUUCUGUCAUUCACCCAAUCCUCUUAUUCUGCAUCUUCAAACGUCUAUUUAUCUGGAUUUUUGGGCAUUUAUCUAUAACCGAUUAACUAACACUACAAUCUAGCAGCAAUACCGCUUUGUGCUCUUCUAUAUUUGUAACCCACUAUUUUCUUUAUCUUCAUCUUGGGUUUUCCAAAUUUUGGGUUCUUAAUUUUCUGGAGAAUCGAUGGCGUGUUUGGUUUCUCGCACAGGAAGGGAGCUCCAGAGAUACGACCACUUGGGCCGCCGCCAAGUUGUGGGAUGCAUACCAUAUAGAUUCAAAAGUUGCAGUGAUGGAUCUAUUAGCGAUGAACUAGAAGUCCUCAUCAUCACUUCACAGAAAGGUCAAGGAAUGAUGUUUCCUAAGGGUGGCUGGGAACUUGAUGAAUCUGUGGAAGAAGCAGCUUCUCGAGAGUCACUUGAAGAGGCUGGAGUUCUUGGCACUGUUGAGUGUGGAUUGGGCAAAUGGAACUUUUUAAGCAAAAGCCAAGGCACAUUUUAUGAAGGAUACAUGUUUCCUCUGCUUGUGAAGGAGCAAUUAGAACUCUGGCCGGAGAUGAAUGUGCGGCAACGAAUAUGGAUGACUGUGGAUGAUGCUAGAGAAGCUUGUCGGCAUUGGUGGAUGAAGGAAGCCCUAGACAUAUUAGUUGACCGGGUUAUGUCUCCCCGACAAGAAAACGGAGAAGAUGUAUUAUCUUGUUCAUUAAGCUAGGAAAGUUCAUGGGAGUUUGUACAUAGGAUUUUCCUUGUUCAAAACCAUGUGAUUCAUAUUUUCAGUCUUCCCGAAAAUAGACGAGAGAAGAAUUGGAAGCCAUGGUUUUCACGGAGGCAGUGUUAGGAGCAAAAAGGAUUGUUGUUUCUUGUUACAUACUUCAUGGAGUUCUGAAGGUUUAUGGACAUUCUCUGGACAGUAAAUCAAAUACUAAGAAGGAAAAUGUACACAGAUUGUAAAUUUGAACUUCUUCAAUGAGAGAUUAAUGAAAAUCCUUUUUUCCAAUUGAACGUUGAUGGUUCA